AUGGUGACAAAAGGUCCUCUGAAUCUUUGUUUCUCGGCAAAACAACAAGAAAAGGGAAAAGGUGUUUCUGGUUCAGGUUUAGAAACCAAAAAGAUUUUGAGGGAUCGCGCCGUAAGUGCCUCUGCAACAUGGAUGUAUGAUGCAGGGCUCCUUUUCAAUUGUGUUAACUACAAAAAUUUUGAUAAAUUCAUUGAGGUCGUAGGACAAUAUGGCCCAGGAAUGAAGCCUCCUAGCUAUCAUGAAGUUAGAGUAACUCAUCUUAAAAGAGAGGUGAAGAAGAUAGAGGAGCAUAGAGCGGAAUGGAACAACAACUCUUCUACGGAUGCAACCAAAAGGUACCACUUGUUUGCAAAGACAAUUGAGAAAGUUGGAAAGGAAAAUGUUGUACAAGUUGUUACCGAUAACGCUAGUGAGAAUGUUAGUGCGGGUAAGAUGAUGCAAGGUGUAUAUACACACAUUUAUUGGACUCCAUGUGCUGCAUAUUGUAUCAAUUUGAUGUUUGGUGACAUAUUCAAGGAAAACUCAUAUGCUUCAGUUUUCACUAAGGUCGUCAAGAUAUAUUCUUACAUCAGUCAGAGGCCAUUGUUGUUGAAUUUGAUAAAAUUUACAAAUGAAAGAGAUUUGGUGAGACCGGCCAAGACUAGAUUUGCAACGGCUUUCUUGACUUUGCAUAGUUUUUACUUGCAAAAGAAAAACUUGAGAAAGCUAGUUCUUUCAAAUGAAUGGAAAGAAAAUAGAUAUGCAAAAGAAGCUGCGGGGGUACUUUGUAUGGUUGAUGGGGAGAGAAAACCACCAAUGGGCUAUCUUUAUGAAGCUAUGGAUAGAGCCAAAGAAACUAUUGAAGCGUCAUUUGAGGGAGAUCUGAGGAAGUAUGAGAAAGUUUUUGAGAUUAUUGAUAGAAGGUGGUCAGAUCAACUCCAUCGACCUUUGCAUGCAGCAAGCCAUAUUUUGAACUCGGGAUUGUUUUACAAGAACAAUAAAGAUGGCACUUUAGAUUUAGAGGUGUGGGUUGGAUACCAUAAACGUAUUGAGAAGUUGGUCCCCGAUGCAGCGAUGGUAGAUCAAAUAAGGGAGGAGUUUGUUGAACGGCAGAUGCAAUUUGGUCAUCAAACUCCAAACUUGCAAAAGUUUGCCGUCAAAAUACUAAGCUUAACUUGUAAUGCAUCUGGAUGUGAGAGAAAUUGGAGCGUAUUUGAGCAUAUUCACUCCAAGAAAAGGAAUAGGCCUGAGCUAUCGCGUCUCAAUGAUCUAAUGUAUAUUAAGUAUAAUAGAACAUUGAAGCGUCGUUAUGACGCUCGCAACACCAUUGAUCCAAUUUUGCUGGAUAACAUUGACGAGGCAAAUGAAUGGUUAACUUGA